AUGUGGGCAUUUCCUGCCCGAGAGCUGGAGGCCUUUGAAAAGCUGGAGAGCAGCAGCGGCAGCAGCAGCCGCAGCAGCGCAGCAGCAGACGAAUGGUCUAUGCUGCUCCAGCGCAGCGAUGCUGCUGCUGCUGCUGCCCACGGUGCAACGGGAAACGCCGCCCACCCCUUAUCCGGCGACGACAGCAGCAGGAGCAACAACAGCAGCAGCAACAGCAACAAACUGAAAAAACCCCUGAAGCAGCUCGUCAGCGGGGUGCAGCAAUUGCUGCUGUCUGAUGCUGUAUUGAGCGACGCAACGCAUGCAGUCUUUGGGCCGAAGCAGCAGCAACGAGAGUUCAGCCUGGAGACGCGUUCAGCCACUGCUGCAGCAGCAGAGACUUAG